GCAUAUCCUGUUUCUGUGAGUCAGUGAUCGGCUGUCGGGAGAGGAGGCUAGCCGAGCUGCGCCGCAUAGAUGCUCGCACUGCCGGACAAAGCCAAAAGCAAGGUGAAAGAUCAGAGAGAGGUAGAUAUCCAAUGAUGGACGGGUUCACGGGGGACAUGCUGAGCGGCGGCCGGGCUCUGCUCGGUGAGGACAGCUCGGUGAUGGCUCGCAUGCAGAAGAAGUUCUGGAAGACCAAGCAGGUCCUCAUCAAGGCCACGGGCAAGAAGGAGGACGAGUACGUGGUGGCCUCAGACGCCGACCUGGACGCCAAGCUCGAGUUUUUCCGCUCAGUUCAGUCCACGUGCACGGAGCUGCUGAAGGUGAUCGAGAAGUACCAGCACAGGAUCACACGCUUGUCUCAGGAAGAGAACGAGCUCGGCCUGUUCCUGCGCUUCCAGGCCGAACACGAUCGCACAAAGGCUGGCAACAUGAUGGACGCCACCAGCAAGGCCCUGUGCACCUCCGCCAAGCAGAGGAUGGCUCUUUGCCCGCCAUUGCACCGCUUGCACCAGGAAGUGGAGACGUUCAGGCGGCGCGCCAUCGCUGACACGCUACUGACAGUCAGCCGUAUGGAGAAGGCCCGCACCGAGUACAGAGGAGCUCUGCUCUGGAUGAAAGACGUCUCCCAAGAGCUGGACCCAGACACCUACAAACAGCUGGAAAAGUUCCGCAAGGUCCAAGCCCAGGUCAGAGGGACGAAGGGCCAGUUUGAGAAGCUGAAGAAUGACGUGUGUCAGAAGGUUGACAUGCUGGGAGCGAGCCGCUGCAACAUGCUCUCGCACUCCCUCUGUACCUACCAGACCACUCUGCUGCAGUUUUGGGAGAAGACAGCCCACGCCAUGUCAGGGAUCCACGAGGCCUUCCAAGGACACGUACCAUACCAGUUCACCACACUCAAAGACCUGCGAGACCCACUGGAGGAAAUAACGGACUUACAGAAACAAGAGGAUAAGAAGGAGAAAGCUCUACAGAGCAACACAGACAAUCUGGUGUCCUUGGAUGACGACAAGCCAUCAGGAAGUGCCUCCAACGCAGACCCCGCCCACAGCAGUGACAGGCAGAGCCAACCCAGUGACAGUGCGCACCAGAACACUACUAAACCUACUCCAGCUCUGCAAGACCUCAGAGGACUGUCAGUGGGCUCUGAUGACGACUUGAUGCUCAUGGCCUGUAAUCUGCCGCAGUCGGCGCUCCCAGCCCCAGAAAACUUCCCUCUCCAGUCCCAGCUCCUGCCUCCUCUUCAGAGUGAAGACCCCAGUGAGGCCUGGGGCUUUAGAAGCCUCCAGUCCAGCCUCUCGCAGCUGCCUGCCUCCGGUGGCCCCCCCCACCGUGCCGGUACAGGGCUGAGACCAGAGGAGGAAGACGCCGAAAGGGGCGACAUGGCUUUCCUCAAAGACCUCCUGAGCCCGGGCCCGGGGGCCAGCGACGAGUUCAGCAGAGAGUGGCAGGAUGCUUUUGGGAUGUUUGACCCUCCCAGCGUCCCUCCGUCGAGCACAGGAGCGGCGGGUAGCGGGCCGGCAGCGCGUCCGCCCUCAAACCCCCCCAGCCCCACAGGCUUCCUGCCCUCCCAUCUGCUGGAUCACAGCCUGAGCUCUACAGGCUGGGCAACCCCGCCUAUGUUCCAAGCUCCGCCCCUUCAGCCGCCUCCUGAGCAGAACCAAUCAGCUCAACCGGCUCCAAGUCCAGCAGCUAAAGCCGCUCCAGGUGGAUCCAAAGACAUGUCUGCCUGGUUCAACCUGUUUGCAGACCUGGACCCCCUCUCCAACCCCGAUGCCAUCGGACGCUCCGCGGACGAGCUGCUCAACGCCUAAAGUUCUGUUUGUGUGUGUGUGUGUGUGUGUGUGUGUGUGUGUGUGUGUAUGCAGCAGUGUGUGAUUUCUGUCCAAGGAUCUGGAUAUCAGCAAGUUUCCAUGACAACAACCAAGUAAAAAAGAACACACAUUAACAUUGACAAACGCUCUUACAGGCUUUGACACACACUGACACACACACACUGACACACACUGAACACACACACACGCCUGCAUUUCUGUCAGCAGGGGAGACGUGUACAUAUCCACACUUGCAAACACACACACACACACACACACACACACACUUGUAUUUGUGUUACACUGGAAGAUGUUAUUUGACACUGCGAAGGGAAAACACUGUCAGUUGAUUGUGAAACGCUCUCCUCAGCAGCUCACAGCUGCUCUGUGAAUGACUGUUAACACCACACAUGAAGCCACUGACUCAUAUGCACACAGCUGACCUCAUGUGGCUUGUGUUACCUUUUGCCGUCAGUCAUUGCAGCUUCUGUCAAGUGGAGAGAAUGUUUGUGUUACAGGUUUAUUUUGGACACAUUUUGUUUUUUUUUUUUUUUGUUUUAUUCAUGUUUGCGUUGUUUGGGUGUGUGUCAGUUUGCUGUGUGUGCACACAACAAGGGACCCAGGAUGUAAGAAAAUAUCUAUUUACUGCUUAGUGUUGUCUCUACAUGGUAGCACAUGAUUGACAUAGUGUAUGUAUGAGAUAAGAUGGGACCAUGAGCCUCUCACUCAACCUGUAUUUGCACACAGAAACAGCAGCAGUUGAAGCUCAAGCUGCAACCAGGGGUCUGUAUCCUGAAGCAAGAUUAGCGGGUUAUCCGGCGGUCUUUGGACUCUUGACUCUUUGGCGUCGCCAUGCUGGACAACUAAACCCACGGCAGCAGGUUUAGUUCAGAGGACAGCUUCAUUAGUAACCAAUCCAGCCCAAGAAAAGAGUCUACAGUCAUGCUAGCAGGUCUAUAAGAGAGCUCAAUGCUGACAUGCAGAUGUGUAGCAAGGGUAGUGCUAAUCCUACAUCCUACAUCCCCACCUAUAGAAACCCACACUGUUAAUGAGCUCAGUAAAAAAAAAUGUGAAUGCAACUUUCAUUUCACUCAUAUGGACCUUAUCAGACAUUUCUUCUCUACUUUUCUUGCCUUACUUUACUUUGACUGCUUCAACCGUGCGACAAUAAAACACUAACAGUUCACUAUGCAAAGUAAAAUGCACCCGGAGUCAACUGAGCCAGUUAUCCAGGAUCAGUGACGUUAGGCCCGGUGAAGGCAGGAAACCCGAGGAUGAACUCGCUUUGUGAUACAGACCCCUGCACAAACUCUGGAUCUUGAAGACUCCACCGGUUAAAAAGAUAAAUAACGUGACACUUUAUUGAUCACUGUAAGGAAAUAGUCUGUGAGGGGGUUCAGCCUAAUGGUCUGAAAGGUAACACUAAACUGUGAGCCGUCCGGUGGUGUCAUUAUGACGGCCUGAAGCGGACUCAGAUUACAGGCAAAGUGUCCAAACUCUUCAACAGCCUCUUCACUUUCAUCCUCUCACCUUCAGCCCGGAUUGCCGAACGGGUAAAAAUUGGAUGAAAUCAUCUCCAGUCCCGUCUGUCGUUUCACAAUCACGAGUCCAAGGCCAAGAAAAAUGUGUGAAGGAUGAAGCAUUUAUUUUGUAGUAAUUUUCUCUUGAAGGAAGUUUAAACACAGGAAUAAGAUUAUUUUGGGGUGGGUGGGUUAUUUAAGUCUGAUAAAGUAACGGCACCUAAGAUGUAUUGAAAUGUAUUUAUUUUCUGAUUCUAAUCACCAUUUGAAAAAUCAGAUGGUUUUGUUGUGCAGUACACUGAAGAUAACGCUAUAAAAUAACACUAAAAUACUGUGUAUUUUUAGCUCUGUGUGUUGUGUAUUUUGAGAAUUCGCAGAUGGAUUGUGGAAAUAUAAGAUUGUUUUAUGGGAAAAUAACACUGGAAAACUGUUACCAUGUCAUAAAAUGGAUUUCUAACUUCCCUAAUGUGGGGAAUUUCCUGAUUUUCCUCAUUUGUUUUUGGAGGGAAGAAAAAAAAAAACCAUCCAACUCUUGACAUUUUUGAAUGUUAACAAACGGGGUGUUAAAGUGAAGAGUUGGUUUUAAAAAUGUAUUUUAUGACAUUUAUGUGGUUGAGAUGUGAAUAUGGCGUCCACAUGCACCAACUGGAAGCAAAUCCCUCAUGAACUUCAGAGUGCAUCAUGGGGGGGAAAAAUAUUUUUUUGCAAGUCUCAGAAAACUUUUAUACAAGCUGCACAUUAGCGUCAUUUAAUUAUCUUUUUUUCUUGUUUUAAUGUGACAUUGUGAGGAAAAAAACAGGAAGAAACUCUACUGAUGCUCCUAUCCAAGUGCAGCGAUCACAAGGGAAGUGUUUCUGUCACAUCAUGUAUUAUACUUUUUACUCUUGAUUUACACACGUAACAAAAAGAAUGUAUUUCUCAUGUCAAUCACAAAUGCUUUAUUUAAUUCAACUAUGCCUUUUUAUUUCACUCGAGGGGUUUAACAGAUGAAAACUUGGCAGUUCUGUUUCCAAUAAACUGGACAAGCAAACAAAGAA